AUGCUCCCUUCCCAGCCGCUCCUGCACGCUGCGGUGUUUGCAGUCGCAGUCCUUCAGGCCCUUGCCUCCGACACCUUCACUGCGGCUGUCUAUGAGCAUGCAGUCAUCCUGCCAGAUGCCACUAAAAAGCCCGUUUCUCCUGAUGAUGCUUUGACCCUGAUGAACAAAAACAUGGAUGUCUUGGAAGGGGCCAUCAAGGAAGCCGCCCAGCAGGGUGCCCACAUCAUUGUGACUCCUGAAGACGGCAUUUAUGGCUGGCGUUUCACGAGAGAAGACAUCUACCCCUACCUGGAGGAUAUCCCUGAUCCGGCAGUGAAUUGGAUUCCCUGCACCGACCCCACAAGAUUUGCUCGUGCUCCAGUGCAGGAACGACUCAGCUGCAUGGCCAGGAAUAACUCCAUCUAUGUGGUUGCAAACAUCGGGGACAAGAAGCCAUGCAACUCCAGUGAUCCCAGCUGCCCCAGUGAUGGUCGCUAUCAGUACAACACUGAUGUCGUCUUUGACCCAGAGGGGAAACUAGUGGCUCGUUAUCACAAGUAUAAUCUCUUUAUGUCAGAAAGUCAGUUUAAUUACCCAAAAGAGCCAGAAGCUGUCACCUUUGAGACCCCCUUUGGGAAGUUUGGCAUUUUCACUUGCUUCGAUGUCCUUUUCCAUGAGCCUGCCGUGGUUCUGGUGAGCGAGUUGCAGGUGGACACUGUGCUCUUCCCGACGGCUUGGAUGAACGUCCUGCCGUUUCUGACUGCGGUGGAGUUCCACUCUGCCUGGGCUAUGGGCAUGGGUGUCAACUUCCUAGCUGCCAAUACACACUACACCACCAUGUCUAUGACAGGGAGUGGUAUUUAUGCACCAGAUGGAGCCAGAACAUACUACUACAAUAUGAAAACUGAGGAAGGUCGCCUCCUUGUUGCUAAACUAGAUUCACACCCUCGCCUUUCUCCUGCCUCCCUGCCUGCUGUUAACUGGAGCUCAUAUGCUUUGAGUGUUGAAAGUUUCUCACUGAAUGACCAUGAAUUUGGAGGACUCAUCUUCUACGACCCGUUCACUUUCACUGAGCUCACUGAGCCUGAGGGGAAUCUCACUGUUUGCCAGAAAGAUCUUUGCUGUCACUUGAGCUACAAGAUGGCAGGGAAAAAAGAAGAUGAAGUUUAUGUGCUGGGUGCUUUUGAUGGGCUUCAUGUUGUUGAAGGACAAUACUAUCUUCAGAUAUGCACGCUGCUCAAGUGCAAGAGCACAGACCUGAACACAUGCGGGCAGCCGGUGGAGAUGGCUCAGACCAAGUUUGAGAUGUUCUCCCUCAGCGGCACGUUUGGCACCAACUACGUCUUUCCAGAAGUCUUGUACAGCGGGGUGCAGCUGGCCCCCGGGGAGUUUGAGGUAUUGAAUGAUGGGCGCUUGAUAAAUAAGGUCAGACCAACAAAACCUGUCGUCACUGUGACACUUUUUGGACGGUGGUAUGAAAAGGAUCAUCUGAAAUAA